UAAGUCAUGCAUCAUAUGAGUGAUAAUGGAUAAUGGUAGUACUGCUGUUCUACAAAGAUUCAAUGUACGAGUUGGACCAGGGAUAAAAGCUGGGAAGGCUUACCCUCGAGAUGUAACUCAACAACAACAACAAUCAGCAGAAAAGAAGAGUUCCACCCAGGAAAAAUGAUUUGCAGGGCAAUGAGUCUGAAGAAAAAAGGAAUCUUCUUAAAUGUGGGAUUUGCAGAGAAGUUUUUAUCUCUAUACAUGAUAUCAGCAAUCAUCUAAAGCACCGGCACUUUCAGAUCCAGGCAUUUGAUUGUGGCGUGUGCAUGAAAUUCUUCCCAUUUCACACUGAGUUGGAAGCCCAUUUGCUUGAUGACCAUUUACAAUCAGACACAGGACCAGCACCUAUCCUAAAGGCACCUCACAUAGACGUGGGUGAGAUAGAAGCCUUCAUUAAGAACAGUGACAUGCGGGAGAGGGUGGAAUUGCAAUGCCCUUUGUGUGGUUGCAUGUAUGAUAAGCUCGCUCAGUAUCAGGACCACAUGAGUGCUUCACAUCGAGGAAAGGCCUGGGAUAAAGAUGGCUUGUGCAGUGCUGUUCUCAAGGUUACAACCGUUAAGAGCACCUCAGUAAAACCCGUCAUAAAAGAUGAUCCGACUGAAGCAGUUCCUGGGAAAGUGUACUCAUGUGACCGUUGUGAUCAGAAGGUGUUCGGGAGAGAGCCAAUGAAAAGACAUGCUGCUACUCAUCAUGAAAGUGAAAUUAUCCAGUGUGCAACUUGUUGCGAAUUCUUCAUCACUCACGCCUCCUACAUUGAGCACAAGAAGAAAGCUCACCUCACUCUCUUAAAUUUGAAUGUGAAGCAGAACAAGCAUGGUGACAUUAUAGGAGCUUCUUUGGAUGAUAUUCUGAAAGCCAAUGACUGUCUUUCAAAAUCAUGCUCUGAUACUGAAUCGAAAGUGAAGCCUGUUGAAACACCACUAAGUAAACUUGAUGAUGCCAUCUACAUUGAUCUUGAUUCAAAAUGGACAAUCACUCAUGAAACAGUACAAGUGGAACCUCUCAAAAACACCAAAAAAGAGGACAAAUCCAACCCUGACCUUGGAACUAUUCCGAAGAUAAAAGAAAUUGUAGAAACAAGUAACUUACCAAUGAGUGGGAUAACAAGACCAGACUGGAAGACACACAAACGUGAGAGAUCAGAUGACUCGCUGCCAGAUCCCGACAACCCCAUGUACAAUCUACUGCUGCUGUCAAAGAGUGCGGUCAGGGAACAGAAGCGUAUUGCAGUUGAGAGUGAUGGAAAUGAAAAGGAAGAAAUGUGCGGUACAGCACAACAAAUAACAGCAGAGCAAACAACAGGGCAGAGCGAGAGUGAGUUCUGCGUGAGAAAGAAGCUUGUGUGUCAUGAGGAGUUGCUGGAAAAGGAGGGAUCAGACACUGGGCCACAUUCUGAAGAGUACCGAGCCAGGUUCUUCCUUAGUGUUUUCCAUGCAAUGACUGGUUUGGCAGCAAUGGCGUUUUGGCAUCUUCAAAAGAACAUUGCUGUGUAGCUGGUGGUCGCUAAAACAGUUUUUGAAAAAGUUUCCUUGCUAAUUUGAGGUCCUGAUGAUGCCACAUAUCAUGCAGUGCAGUGUUCAAAUCUUUUGAUUAUCCCAAUCUUUUUUACUUUUGACAAUAGUUUCACUCAAGUUUCUUAACGUCCUGGCGAAGUUGAGUUGACCCUGUAGUUUUUAUGUAAGAAUAUUUCAGUAUUUUCUUCUCUUCAACGAAAAAGUGCAAGAGACCUCUUUGUUAAUCGUAAAUUAUCUGAAGAUAUCAGAUUUCAGUUACUGUAAAGGUUUUGCUGCAUGCGUUAACGUUGUGUUCAUGAACUUUCUUCAUACUCUUAUAUUUGAAAAGAAAAUUGAAAAAGGAAAAACAACUUGUUGCCGAGAGUGUUUCAGACCUUGACUAAUGAUAAUAUGAUGAUAACGUUACCAUAAUUUAUAUCCUCUAACUGAUUAAAUACCCUGUUUGCUUUAAUCUUACCUAAAGACUAAUUAAUGGCCAAGAACUGUCUUGUGGGUGCUUGUAUUAUUGAUUAAACAAGUUAGAUUAUUGAUAUCAUUCAAAAUAGAUAUCAAAAUUAUUUUAUUACACAUUUUAUUUAAAAAGUUUGAAAAGUUUAGAAAACUGUGUAAUUCGGUGAAUAUUUAACUGAUAUGUUAUACACAAACAAUUACCAAUCAUACUAUCAGUUUAAUGAUAGUGUUACAGUUGAUAUGCAAUUAAUUGCACCUUUUUAAGAGUUGUUCACUAAAUUAAGAAGUGUUAUUCAGCCCAACUAAUGGGUCCCAUAAUUAUGUUUUUUCUAGAGUUCAAUGUGAGAUGUCAAACUAUUUCACUUUUUAAACAUUUUAUACCCAUGAAUUCAUUUUGAGUGUAUUUUCAACGUUGUGUUGUGUUCUUUGACUUCACAUUAAUGCACACCUAUUAACAUUGUUUGAUAAUACCUUAAAUCCGAAAAUCCGGCUACUCAUCAUUUGGCUUUAAAUGAUUUUAUAUCGAAAAGCUGCCAUAAGAUUUGGUCAAUUCCUGGUGCGAUAAUUAAUUUGGUAUGGAAAUGUAUGGGCGGAGCUUGGUUCAUAUUUCCAACCAACUUAUAUUGAGCAAGGACGUAACAUUAAAAUGAUUUUAUCGCCAGGAAAAUACAAGGGGGUAAUAUUUAGCUGUGGAUUUUAAUCAACAUCCAAUUAAAGUUCCAAUUUUCUGAUAACACUUGUUAAAAAGUAAAAUAUUGUUGGAAAGUCAUAAUAUUUAUUUGAAGAGAGUUCUUUAAACUGUUUAUUUGGCUGCAAAGAAAUAUUGUAUGGUGUCUUCAAAAGCUACUGAGAAUAAACCAUAUUCACUUCCUUACCUAAGUUGUUAAGCAGAUAAAUUUGAUUUUCUCAUGAUCAUAAGAGCAUGUUUUGUCUUCAAAUCAGCUCGAUAAUCAACCCGUGAAGAAUGUUGAUAUUAUGAUAAUAUUAU